UUUAUUGAAUACCGACCGUCAGCCGACAAGUUUUAAGUAUCGAACGAUGGCGUCUAAAACCUGUUCUAUUUACAUUGUUCAGCUCCCUUCUUAGAUUGAUUUAUCACAGGCAGUGCAUCCAGUUACAGAGACUAGCUACUGCGUUCAUUAACCAUCGAAUUUUACGUUUAAACGAUUUUGUGGUUGUAUAUGUUCGAAGGCCGUUUUCCUGUGAUCACAUAUACAAACUGACAUCAUUGGAGAGCACACAAUGUCUGGAUCGCAGAGCGAAGAAGUCAGCAUUUUGCAAAGAUAUUCAGAGGGACAGAUUAGAGAGCUUCGGGAGGCUUUCCGACUUUUCGAUAAAGACGGAGAUGGGUCUAUCACCACAGACGAGUUGGGAACAGUUAUGAGAAACCUCGGACAGUUUCCAUCUUCUGAUGAACUGAAUCUCAUGCUAAAAGAAAUUGACAUUGAUGGUGAUGGCACGUUCAGUUUUGAGGAGUUUGUGCAGGUGAUGGCCAACAUGGGAGGAAUCUCAGAACAGUCAGCUGAGGAUGAGGAAGAAGAAUUGAGACAAGCAUUCAGGGUAUUUGACAAGGGUGGGUGCGGUUAUAUUACAGCGUCUGAUUUGAGAGCGGUGUUACAGUGCAUGGGAGAAGACCUUACAGAGGAAGAGAUUGAUGAAAUGAUUGCUGAAGUGGAUAUUGAUGGGGACGGAAGAAUAGACUUUGAAGAGUUUAUCGCUUGUAUGUGCGAGGAUAAGACAGACGUAAAGAGACAGGAUCCGUUCGAUGACUAAAUAUUUAAUGAUGUCUUCUGCCUCCUCCUGAUUAUAGAUAUUUUAAAAAAUAAAAAUUAAAAGCCAAGGUUAUCACUAAACAGGGCUUUCCUCUC